AUGAGCAACGAGCCCACCACACCCAUGCCGACUCCUGGCCCCGAGACUCUCGCGCAGCCCUCGACCGCACGCCCCCUAGUCGAACUCCCGGCUCGCCCUUCCGCGCGUGGCACACCUAGUGGAGUUGCUUCGGGCACCGCGCCUGGCAUGAUCGCGCCCACUCGCCCCAUGCAACUGCGGAAAUUUGUCCCCCAAGACUUCGAAGAAGUCGUCACUUUGUGGAGCGGAUAUAUCACCCGUGAUCUCGUCGUCGAGUCUCCCUUCUACACUAAGACAUGCAUCAUAGUCGAUCCUCGCGCAAAGGCCCAGUUCCCCGAGAAGAGCGAGAUCACCGAGCGAGUCGUGCACGCCGUACACCCGAUCCCUCGCAAGCAGCUUCAGAACUUGGGACCAGUCUGUCUGCACAAUCUAGGUGCGGGUUUGGAGGAGGAGCGAUGGGAUGUCAACAGGUCUCCUGAGUUCAAUGAUCGUGUGCAGGAAACUCUGGCUCGCAUUGACGACGCGUUGGAGUUUAUCUUUCGUGUUCAUUUGCCGGGUACUCGGAUUUUCAGCGGAAGACAGCCUUCUGUGUUGUAA